GAAUGAUUGACAAACAGGAAUUGGUGGGAAAUGGAUAGGAGUGGACAAGUCUUACCCAUAUUAGAGCAGUACAAAGAAGUUGAAACACAGCACGGUGUACAUAACACUUACCAAAACAGGGAAGCAGUUCAUUCCGAAAAUAAGGAAGCCAGUGUUCAAACAAAGAUGGUAGAAGCACACUCUAGUGUUUCAGACACAGUAGAAAGUGAAAUGCCAAAAAAGGAUAUGGAAGCAUUGAAACGUAGCAAGGAAAGGUGGUCUCUACGAAGAAGAAACUGCCAGUGUCGAACAACAACAAAGACUAUUAUAGACCAAGAUGACUACAGGCUGGAAUCUUCCCUGAAAAAAUGCACUGCAUUAGUAAGAAAGCUUAAGAGUGUCUCGAGGGAUACGAAAGAAUCACUACUGGCUGAAAUACAGACCCUCAACUUGUCUAUGUAUAUUUCGGAGAUCUGUGGAGCCUUUUUUGAAGCAAGAUUUAGAAUAGCGGACGUCCCAGCUGUAGUCGAAGUCAUUUCCGAAAUAUAUCGGCGUUAUCCGGAAUUCACUGAUCACUUUGUGGAACAUUUGUCUCGUAAUAUCUCACAAAGCAGUGGUUUGGAUUGGAACACGAAGAGAAGUUUCUUGCAUUUGGUGGUGGAGUUGUGCUGUGUGAAUAUUUUGCCCUCUUUCAAAUUGGUUGCAUUUCUUAAGGAGACUAACAAGUCUACCAAUAUUGGAAGUGAUUUGGCUUCAGCGGUCAAUGCUUUUACUUCAUUAGCAAAGAACUACCUUGCGGAAUUGCUCAUUUUUCCUCCAACUGAUUGUGACAAUCCUUUGUCAGAAAUUGAAUAUAAGAAAGGUUGGGAAUAUUGGAUAUUGAGCCAAGAGGAGAAGAAACAGAUAUUUGGCAUCUACGAAUCACUUUUUGAAAAAUCUUGUAGUGUUUUAAAUGAACUGCAAAGGGAGAUUACAGAUUUGGAGAAAGAAACGAGUGUUUCUCGUCAAAUGCAAGGUGAAGUACAGCAAGACACACAAAAUAUAUUUCAAAGCAAACGAAAACAGUUUAUUAAGCUGUCUAGUAAUAUCAAGACGCUUUGCAGUUUAUUGGGGUUUCAAAUGCCUAUUAUUAUUAUCCAAGAUGAGGAAAAACAAAGCAACAUUCAUUCACCAAACUCAUUGGAUUCUUAUUCCAAUACAUUCACACAAGAGACUGAAACAGAGAAACCGCAAAAAUCAUGUUUUGAAACAGAAGCGGAACGAAAGUUUUAUGAAGAUUUGCCAAGUAUUGUUGUUCUGGACUCCCCUGUAGUUCAACAAGAUAUUCAAGAGGAGAAAAAAAAGGAUCAAAAUGAGAAUGUUGAAAGUUCUUUGAACGGAAACAACUCUAUCAGUCGAGAGCAAUCUGAUAAGUCUCGUUUAUCAGAGGAUGCAUUAUCAUCUCUGUUGUCCUGUUCAGAUAUGGACGAGAUAGAUAAAUGGUGCUUAGAAAAUUGGUCAAUUUUCAAGAAAAGUCAAAUAAGAAAAAAGCUAGUGAAAGUUUUGUUCAAUUUUUCGUUCGCAAAUCCUGAAAUGGUUCCUUUAGCAAGUAGACUUGUGGCUGCUCUCAAUCCUAUAUAUCCAGACAUUGCAGCAAAUGUCACGCAAGUCUUGAAAGAUGACUUCAUGAGUUAUUUUGAGAAGAAAGAAACUGGAGAACACCAUCUGAAGUGUCGAAUAUGGAAUGCUCGAUGGAUAAGUGAAAUGACAAAAUUUCGAUUGUUCCCGGCACAUGUCGUAUUGAACUACGUUAAGUUAUGCUUGGAAGACUUCUCACACUAUAACGUAGACAUAGUAUGUGCUAUUCUUGAAUCCUGUGGUCAGUUCUUGUACAACAAGUCGGAAACGGAAUAUAGAACGAGCAGUCUGUUAGAUAUACUGUGGCGUCUAAGAUCUGUAAAGAAUUUGGAACCCAGACAUGAAGUAAUGGUGGAAAAUGCGUACUAUACUGUGAGACCUUUGAAUGCUAAACAAGAAAAGAACGCGGAACGAGAACCCUUGAAAGAGUUUAUUCAUCAUAUUCUAUUUGAAACUCGCUACCAUUAUCGAGAACUUCCUUGGCUGGUGAAAAAGUUAAGGAAACUCCCUUGUACAAUGGAAAUGGAAACGUUCCUUGUUGACGAGUUUCUGCAAACUGAAAAGUUUCCAUAUGACUGUCUAGGAGAUAUGUCAAAGGUUAUCACUGAAUAUUCAAAAUAUAGAGACUCCAUUGGAAUCGGUAUUGUGGAUGGAAUUGUUGAAGCUAUCUUUUGUCUUCUUGAAAACCAGGACAACCGUUUCUUACAGCAAAGACUUGCACAGUUGAAGCUUUUAGGAGAAUUAUUCAAGACGCGUUUCGUCAAUGGCAGGUUUAUCAUGAAUUUGGCUUAUUGUAUUAUUUCUUAUGGUUGGAACGAAUCUUUAUUGGUGGAACAGGAAAAUGGUUUGUUUGUCAGAGUACGAAUGGUUUGUUCACUUCUUGAGACUUGUGGUUUGGAGUUAUUAGAUACAGUAUCCUUCAGAAAAAUGGAGACAUUUUUAUUGCAUCUAUUCCAAAUGAUAUGGCAAUCUAGCAAAGGUAUUGGAACAGGAGAAGAUUUGUCCAUUAAAGUAUUGAGCUUGUUGCCCAUUCAUUUGCAGCAUUUAGUCACUGAAAUAGCAGAGAUGUAUUCUGCAUCUUCUCUAGCGUCCAUUACAGGUGGACAGUUGACUGAGAAAUGGGAGCAAUUAGUCGACAAAGUGAACUCUGUUCCAGACUUGACUAUAGGCAGCCUACAGAAGACCAAUAUUACUACUUCAUAUUCUGCCAGCAAUGAUGGAACUUCUAGGUCAGAAGAUAGUUUCUCCGAGGAGAUGAAUUCGAUGAAACGCGAUUGGAGUUUUUCUUCAUAUAAGGAAGCAGAUGAAAGAGAGGAAAUCAUCGCUAGUGAAGAUGAAGUUGGCUCUUCAAGUACUUCUCACCCAGAAGAAGAAGGUGCGACCGAAGUGGCAUCUUUGGGCGAUCAAGGUGAAGGGCUUGAAAACGCUGACAAGUCAUCCGUUCAUGACUCAGAGUCAUUGAGCGAAGAUUCGGAAGUUGAAGAGGAGGAUACUGAAAUAUCAAAUGCUCCAAGGAAGGAGCAGGAAAGGGAGUCCUUUGACCAAGAAAUUUUUGCAAUCUUAACUGAAAGUCUUUCGGAAGCGAGUCAAAAUCGUAACGCUGCAAGUUCUUCUUCUUCUUUUCGGCCGUUACUUUCCUCGGCUAGAAAUGUGAUGAAUAAUAAUAUCAAUUCAUUGCGCAACCAAGAAAAGCAGCAGCAUGGCAUGGAUGAGAAUGUGCCGUUUCAAGUUUUGAUGAGAAGAGGAGGGAAGCCUCAAGUUCGGUUACUGAAUAUUCCUUCGAAUAGUUCUUUGGUAACUGCAUCGAGGGCUGUUGAUGAAAUGGAAAAGGAAGAAAAGGAAGAAUUAAAACGAUUGGUUCUUACGAGUACUACUAUGCAGAGAAAGGGACGACAUAGAAAGAGAUAAUAUUUUAAAACCCAUUUUGGUUUGGGUACUGAAUUUGUUUAUAGCUCCAUGAUCUUUCAAUCCUUAUGAGUAUCGUAAGAAAGUUUCAAUAACCAGUUGUGUGAUGGUUGGCUUUAUCAUAUUAGAAAACACAAUGAAGAUUAAUUAUGUGAUAAUGUUCCGACAACCUUAAGUAUGUGUGCCUUUUUCAGUGAUAUUUCAAAUAAACGAGAUGUAUAUACGUACAAUGCUCUUUGUGAAG